AUGAGAUUCGCUACCACCGCUUUUGGUCUUAUCACGACUUUAGCGACUUUGGUUUCCGCCGAUAACGAUGCUCUGCAGAAAUACUCCAUUUACGCUUACGGUAUAAAUGCUACAUUCAUACCAUACGGUGCAAGAUUGACAAAUCUCUACGUACAUGACAAAAACAACUCACCCAGAGAUGUCGUACUGGGUUACAAUGACCCAGCACAAUAUGUCAAGGAUACAGCUACCAAUCACACAUACUUUGGACCCAUCGUAGGACGCUACGCCAACCGAAUCAGAAACGGAACGUUCACUAUCGGUGAUACUGAGUAUCAUGUGCCGACCAACGAGCAUGAUGGACAGAACACUCUCCACGGCGGUACUGUGGGAUAUGACGCACGUAACUGGACUACUACUCAACAUAACACAUCGAGUGUCACAUUCACUCUUUUGGAUCCAAGCGGAAACCAGGGGUUCCCAGGUGCAGUGCUCACUCACGUCACUUACACUGUGUCUUCACCCCCCCGGCUCACCACGCGAAUCGUGUCUGUAUCUUUGGACUCGUACACUCCAAUCAUGCUAUCAACGCAUAUUUACUGGAAUCUUGGCGCUUUCCAAUCUGCGACCAUACUCAAUGAUACGCUGCACCUCCCAUACGCGGAUCGUAUCAUAGACAUUGAUUCAAUCCUGGACGUGACUGGAGGGUUGUCAUCGGUCAAGCUCCCCUGGCAGUCUCCGUCUCUACCGCUCAACUUUACUUCACCAAAACAGAUCUACGAAGCAGUCCUCUACUCUCAGCAAUGUGGCGCAGGAUGCACAGGCAUCGAUAACGCAUUCAUCCUCGAUCGCCCACCGUACUCGUCCGCAGAGGAUGCGUCCGCGCCAGUGCUAGAGUGGACUUCCGCCGAUACUGGUAUAACCAUGAAAUUGAGAACCAAUCAACAGAGCUUACAGCUUUACAGCUGCGGAGGCCAGAAUGGUACCAUACCCGUCAAAGCUAGCCAAGGAGGCGGAUAUGUGGAGAAGUAUGGGUGUCUAGUUAUUGAGCCUCAGCAGUGGAUUGAUGGGAUCAACCAUCCUGAAUGGGGUCAAACGGACAGACAAAUCUUCGGCCCAGACUCGCCUCCUCAAGUUCUAUGGGCUUCGUAUGAUUUCUCAGCCCAAUGA